ACAUGGUAUUUCGAAAUCCUUUCCAACAUGUACAUAGUCUGACUAAAAUAGUACUAUAAUCCGAUAGAGAAGACGCCGUCUAAAAAGCGCAUGCCCGUACCAGUUCGCUGUAGACAUAGGUCAGGCAAGACAAGACAAAAAGUAAAUUAAUUAGGAAUUAUUACAAUUGGAAAUUGUUAUGAUGACACCUGAAUUUUGUUUAUUGUUCGGACUGGUGGUUUUCUGCGGAGCGCUAGGUUUAGCUGACAGUGUUAGCUGUUUCGAGUGCUCGAACCUACAGGACAAGAGAUGUGGGACAACAUUUGACUUUGCGCCCGGCUCAACGGAAGCCAAGGAGAAAUAUCUGAAAAAAUGCGAGGGAGAAUUGACCUUCUGCAGAAAAUUGACAUAUGAAGACGAUUUUCAAGGAAAGAAAACAAACGGUAUAGUUGUGUCACGAUCAUGUUGGACCUCCCCGGGAAAGGAAGGAUUUGAACCGGAAGUUAAAGAGUGUUCGGAAAUGUUCAAAGGUGUAGCAUGUUACUGCAAAGGUGAUCUCUGUAAUGGGAGUGAACUCGUCCGAGCAUCUACUGCAAUUUUAUUCAUUGGAUUACUUCCCUUACUUUGUUCACUAUUAGGAUUUUAAUUAUUUUUUUUUGUAUAAUUUACUCUAAUGCUAUGCAAUAUUAAGAUCAGGAACAUUUCAUAUCUUUUUGAAAAGAAAUGUUUAUUGUAUGCAAAUUUGUAAAAUGUUUGUUCGAUUAACGUACGUAAUCACUUUUGUUUUAUGAUAUAUGACUUGAUGCGAAUUAUGUUUCUUUCGUUAAAACAGGCACAGUCCGACAACAUACGUUCUUAAAAUACCAGUAGUCAGCCCAAUACAUUUUCUUUAUGUGUACACUUAUAUUGCAAAGUGGUGGUAUUAUUGAAAGUCGUUUGAAAGUGCAAUUGUCGUGAUUUCAUUUAUGUAUAUAUGAAAUACCGUGUUAUAUGAAAUACCAUGUUUUCUCAUUGUUUUGGAUUCACAUUUUGUCAUUUUUGAAGCAAAUAUUUGUCGUUAUUUAAGAUUUUUUGUUCUAUUUUAUGUAUUUAUAUAUGUGUGUUAUCAUGGUAACCAGUGUGUAAAAAUAAUAUUACAAAACAGAAACGACGGUAUGCACUUUUUCAAACAUGUAUCAAAUGUAGAAAAGUAUUAUUAUAAUCUUUAUAACUGAGUUUAGUUUAUAUUUGAUAUGUGACCACAAUAGGUUAUACUUGUUAAAUUGUUCAAUUGUAUAAUAAAAAAAUCAUUGUGCUUUUAGCAUAAAGGUCAAUGAUUCACAUUGAUCCAAGUCUGGGAUUCAUUUACUGACUUUCAACAAAAUUGUACACGAAAAGUAACGCCUUAAGUUUCAAAGUUAUUGAUACUAGAUUAAAUAAAAGGGAAUUAAUAAAUGAGAGUAUACUCUAUUUUCAAGAUUCAAGGAAGGUAACAAAUGAUGUAUUACUCUUCUCAAAGGGAAUGAAAUCUAUAAGAAUUUACAUUUUAUAUUUGCGAAUUUUAAAGUUUCAUCAGUGUAAAAUCCUUAGUUAUGUUACACACAUGUAGAGAUUAUUAAUAUAUGCCGAAAUAUAAAUGCAAUUUUUGUCCGAAAUUUAGAAAUUUAUUCACAGAUGACAUAUAUAUGAAUUUAGUUACAAUAGUAAUUUGCGAAAUAAACGAGUUAUUAUUUUUUAAUUUGGAGCUAUUCAUAGUAGCUUUAGGACUAUGAUUUCAAAAUGUCUAAUGUCUUAUUUUGUUACAUAAAAUAUAUGUCGCACCACUUUAGUUGAGUGACACUAUGUAAUAGCAGCUUUAGUCUAUA